AGAUUCAUAUACGCAGGUUCUUGACCAGGGGUGGGGCUGUGAAAAAUCUGUUCGGUCAGCUGGGUUGCGCCAGGAGAAUUCUUCGGUCAGUUCGGCCGUCACUCGCCUAGUCAAGUCAUUCGAGGGUGGCACCAGCGGUCAGUCCAGUCGUAGCUACAAGCCCAGCGCCGAAACGUCCGCCCCCGUGCAGAGCGCCGAAGCAACACAUUCGCUGCCCAACUCACCCACACGAGGCGCUCGCACCCAAAAAUCCGCGUAAGGCCAGCAGCAGAGAGCAGCACGUGCACGCACCCGAGGGCCAGUUAGUUCCUUCCCCCGUCCCAACAUGAUGACGGCGCAGCAGAGCGCAGACCAAGUCAAACCCUUCGCAUAUCCGCACGGAACACCCCCAGCUGCAGUCGCCUCUUCCUCUUCUUCGACCUCCCCCGCCAACACGGACAACACUUCAGAGACCACAAUGUCUGGAGGCUCCGCCAUCGCGAGCAGUAGCGCCACCACGUCACCCCCCACUGCCGAAAAGAAACGCAAGCAACCCUCGAGCCCUACCAACGACGCCGGCGCCAACGGAAGCACCGAUGCAACAGAGAAGCCAAAGGAGCAGCAGCAGCCGUCCAAGAAAUCGCGCCGUGAGCUGCCGCCGCAUACCGUCGCCAUCCUCAAGGGGUGGAUGUUAUCUCGCGAGCACGUUAAGCAUCCGUACCCCACGGACGAGGAUAAGCAAAUGCUACUUAAGAAGACUGGCAUUAGUAUGAAACAGCUCACAAACUGGUUCACCAACGCGCGCAAGCGCAUUUGGAAGCCCAUGAUGCGACGCGAACAUUCGCGUCAGAUGCAGUCCGCUAUGGAGUUUGACCAUACGGCAGUGCGCGAGUUCCCAGGUGCCGGACUGAGCCAGCAAUACGCUGACAGUAGCUAUGCUCCUCGUCCGGCAGUGCGUCAUUCCUUCGAUGCUGGAAGCCUCGGUGCGCCACCUCAUGGGGCGGCACCAGCGUUCGACAGGUAUGCUCGACCUCGGGCCAUCCCUGUGAGCGCGCCGAUGUACCCGACACGCGCUGUUCGUUCCAUGUCAGAAGCACCGGCACGGACCGACGUAGACGAGUAUCUGGAUGCUGAACGAAUUCGUGAGCGUGUGUUGGAGCGCGGCCACGACGGACAUGCCCCUCGCAACAGUCUCUCGCCGCGUGGACACAAGAUCCUGCAGGAAUGGGUGAACGCUAAUGCUCGACGCGAGUAUCCGUAUCCAAACGACACGGAGCGAGUGCAGCUGGCUAGAGACACGGGCCUCGAUGUAUCACAAGUGGACGGGUGGGUCACCAGUCUUCGCGAACAAAUGGGCGCCACUCCCGUCCGUGCGUCAUCGAUUCCGUCUGCAGGAAACCCGGCGUUCCCACCGCCACCGGCAUACGGCGAGCGUCGAUCUAUCCCCACCAGUGGAAACCCCAUGUUUCCUCCUCGUCCAACUGCCCCUGGAUCGAUGCGACCAUCUAUUCCUGCCGUUGGGAACCCACAGUUCCCUCCGCCUCCUGCACGUCGAGACGCUAACGAUACCCGGUUCGCCGCUUUCCCCUCUACUGCGAAUUACACAGGCCAUGAGGUUCCGCGAAUGCGCUCCAUGACGAUCAGUGCCAGUCCUUAUCUGCAUCCGCCACCUUCGUCCUGUGCUGCAGGUACUGACACUCAAGCCCAGCAAUCAGCCAGCGGUGCAUUACCGUCGCUGUCCAGUCGCAGUUUGUUGAGCCGUCCACCACCAAUUGUUACGUCCAGUGGCCCCACUAUGGGCCAGCCACGUGACAGUCGAUCACGCACGCUCGACAUGGGUCAGUUCGCUGAUGCACGACGGCGGAAGAUGAACUUUCAGGACAUUUUGGCGUCUACAGGAGGACCCACGCACAGCGUUGCCCCAGCUGUACCCACAUCUGGUACUUUAUUGCAGACCUCGAGCCACCCGACUGCUACCAGCGGUAAUAUGGAGAACAUUUACCCGAAUGGUAGCGCAGCAUCGACCAUAGCUUACGUGCCCACUGCGUCCAAUGGGUUCCAACAGAAACAGCCACCAGCAUCUUUUGAGCAGUCUGGACGAGUAGUAUGAUGAUGCAUCUCGUAAUUUGUGAGUUGAGUCUGUGGACUCCUUUUGUGGUUAGUCUUUUGUACACCGCAACAUUCGUGUGUCGAUCACUGUGAUCCCGUUCUCUAUAUAAUAAACGCUAAACAUCUUGGCUGAUAGAAGUCUUAUCGUCUAAA